UAACAGACAACUUGAAUGACACAAAGCAAACAGAGAAGAAAAAAAACCUGUCGGUUUAGUUCCUGGUUGGAUAAAGUCAAGAAUCAUCUGUUCAGAUUGUUGUUUUGUCAUCUGUAGGCGAAAAGGUCGUCUGAUUUCGAACGAAAUGUUCAAAAGCUUCGGUACGUGGUUGGGUUAUGAGGACCAGACGUACACGAAGAAGUCGGAGGACACAGAAAAGCUGAGUGUGGAGCAGGAAGAAAGGGUCGUGGAAGCACAAAACGAGGUAAACCAACAACAACCAGCUGACCAGGAUGGAGAACCAGAGGCCAACCAAGAAGAAAACCCUGAGCUCGGCAAAGGACUCGGGGAUUACAUCUUCAGUUUUGCCACCAGUGCCACGAAGAAGAUCUCUGAUUCGAUGGUAGAGACGGCGCAGAGCAUCAAGAAGACUGUGGAAGAAGGGAAGAUCGACGGCAUCAUAGACAAGACUUUCCUAGGAGACUUUCAAAAGGAGCAAGAGAAGUUUGUCCAAGAGAAGAAGGCAAAAAAAUCAGAAGCGGCGGUGCCUCCCUGGGUCGGCUACAACGAGGAGGAGACGAUUCAGCAGCAGAUCCUUGCUCUGUCCGCCGACAAGAGAAACUUCUUGCGAGACCCCCCCGCUGGUGUUCAGUUCCACUUCGACAUGGAGCAGAUGUAUCCUCUGGCUGCAGUGAUGCUGGAGGAAGACCAGCUCCUCAACUGCAUGCGCUUUGACCUGGUCCCCAAACAUGUGAAGGAGGAGGUGUUCUGGAGGAAUUAUUUCUACCGGGUGUCUCUGGUGAAGCAGUCGGCCCAGCUGACGGCGCUGGCGGCCCAGCAGCAGCAGAAGGACGGCGAGGACAGAGCGGCCAGCGUUUCCCCCGAGGACGUCGUUCUAACAGAUAAUGUCAGACCAAAAACACCACCAGUUUCCAUCAGCGACAUACAGGAGCCCCGUCAGGAGGAGGAGGAGGAGAUGUCGACCAGCCCCGGAGUGUCGGAGUUUGUGAGUGAUGCUUUCGACUCGACAGGCAUUGACCAGGAGGACCUGAGGAAAGAGAUGGAGCAGCUGGUGCUGGAUAAGAAGAAGAGCGCCCCUUCUCCUGAUGACGAGUCCGCCGACUGGGAGAAGGAGCUGCAGCAGGAGCUCCAGGAGUACGAGGUGGUGAGCGGCUCCGACAACAAAGACGACCAAUGGGACCAGGAGAUCGAGAAGAUGCUCCAAGCCGACGACAGCUAGACGCUCGCUGCGUGUCCUCCGCGUCCUGUUCAGCAAUCUCGCCCAGAAUGGAGGAAAAGGGACUGCGAUGCACAAGAGCAGGAACUUCCACAUUCCCCCCCCCCCCCCCCUCCCUUCACACAAGUGUGAUUACUAUCUUGUAAACAUUCUCCUGUACCGGAUGAAGGUGUAGAUUCAGUAAUAGCAAAGGGUUUGCUCCGUAGGGCCACACGAUAUGAGAAAAAUACACAAUAACGUUGAAUAUUAAAAGACAGAUAAAAGUGGACUCAGUUCUGAAUUUCUGCUGCAUUCAGUUUUCUGCAAAAAAAAAAAAAAAAACUUCAUUUAACAAAUUGAAUUGAACAUAAAAAGCACCACGAAAAAAGAGUCUUUCCCGAUGUGUUUAGGUGAAAUCGGGACAAAAAGUGAUAUACUGUUCAGGCGUAUUUAUGAAGUGCUACUUUAUUGCUCCUUCCUAAAUUAGUUUCCUCUACUUGCUUUCCCAAACUCUCUCUCUCUCUCUCUCUCUCUCUCUCUCUCUCUCUCUCUCUCUCUCUCUCUCUCUCUCUCUCUCUCUCUAUUCUCUCGCGCUAGAGGGCGCCCCAGUACAGUGGGUUUUAUAAUGGAGGGGGCUUGUUUUGAAAUGACAUGACAUUAUUUCACACUGCUGCUUUCUGGUGGGGUGUACAGUGUAGUCUCGGUAUAGUUAUAGUCAAAUGUAAAGUUCCAUGUAUGUAAAUAAAGAGGAUUUCUAACACUACACUU